CGUAUUCAAGCACAUGGACCAUGUUUUUAUGAUCCUAAAACCUGCUUCAGAUUAGAUGCACGAAAUUAUCAUACGGCAAUUAAUAGCUGGGGACAAACUCAUUAUCUUCAUAAACAUUUCAAAAGUUCUACUAGAUAUUACGCAUUUAUUUGGGACAAGAAGAUUAUUAUAAAUAGUUGAUAUUCCCGAAACCGGUAUCAGUGCAAAGAUGAGAGCCAUUACAGUAGGUUUAGUGUUAAUUUUGGGAGUGGUUUGUGUUUUGGAGCUAGAUGCAGCACCGGCCCUAACUCUGAGUAAGGGCAUUAACCUUGGCAAGGAAACCUCGAUAGGUUCUGGAGCUGGACCUGGAGGUGGUUUUGGAUUUAGUUCUUCAAAAAAUCGAGAUAUUGGCAUUGGAGUGCGACAUACUAACAAAAACGAUAAAAAGCAGGAAUCCAGUUCAGGACAUGAAAGUUCUGGCCAUGGUAGCGGCGGAGGUUAUGGACAAGGUGGUGGGGGAGGCUCUGGACACGGUAGUGGAGGAGGCUAUGGACAUGGUGGUGGGGGAGGCUCUGGAUACGGAAGUGGAGGAGGUUACGGACAAGGAGGAGGUGGCGGUGGUGGAGGCGGAGGAGGCGGUGGAGGUAGUGGAGGAGGAUACGGACGGUAAUGAGGAGGUAAAAAGCCGAGCAUACUCCAAUAAAGUAUAAGGCUAGAACUUAGAACUACCUUUCCCACCAGUGAGCUGGAUGCCUUCACGAAAAAAAUGUAUAUGUGCCAAAUUGUAUAGUAUUUUGUAAUAAUAUAUUCCUGCCAAUAAAUUUUAUUAUUAAUGUU